AUGUUGCACCAAAACCCAAGGAACCCCAAACUGGCGCGGUCAAAGUCGGUGCUGAAUGACAUAACCGGCACUUCCAGCCUGGGGCAGAUCUAUGCAUCCCUGUUUUCUUUGUUUGUGCCUACUUUUGUGGCGCGCCUUUCUUGGAUCGGCAUGAAAACGACAGACACCGCACUUCUUGGCCAUUCGGGGACGCUCUUUCUGACCGCUUCGUCGCUCUCGGAUUUCUGGACCUCCAUGAGCGGAGUGUUCAUCAACGACGCCCUUCUUGGAUCGCUCUGCGGGCAGGCUUAUGGUGCCCGUAACUACGACUUGGUGGGCACCUGGCUACAGAUCUCCUUGACCCUGUUUUCCUGGGUGUUGAUUCCUGUCGUUAUCCUCUGGUGCAUGACAGCCCCGGUCCUGAAGCACGGCUUUCGAGCGGAUGAGGACGUUGCGAAUGCUGCAGGCUACUAUGCAAUGGCGGCUGGAUGCAAGCAGCAAGGUUGGAGCUAUUGUGGUGCAUGGACAAAGGAUGAUUUGCAGAGGAAGGCAAUUUAUGAAGCAGUGGUCUUGGUGGUGUUGGUGGUGGUUUUUGUUUAA